UUGGUGAGUAAGCUGAAUAAAUUUGGCUAAAAAAAUGAAGAUGUGGCUCUGAGAUGUUUACUCUGGGACUGAUCAGCUGGUGUCUGGGAUACACUUUGAGCUGGUUGUUACAAUGGCGGUGACACUUAUUCUACGCUCUUUUAAGAUUACUCCAAGAUUUAGUUUAUGCAGGCACUCUAGUACUGCUGCACCGGCCACGAAACUCUUCAUCAAUGGCCAGUUUAUCAACAGUAAAACUAAAGACUUUAUCGAUGUUCAUAAUCCAGCAACCAAUGAAGUUGUGACCCGGGUACCCAAAACAACUCAGAAUGAGAUGCAGGCUGCUGUUGAUGCUGCCAAGACAGCUUUUAAGACUUGGUCGGAAACUUCUGUCUUAACCCGCCAGCAAGUCAUGCUCAAGUAUCAACAAAUCCUUAAAGAUAAUAUUCACGACCUAGCCAAGGUCAUCACAUUGGAGCAGGGUAAAACCCUCAUUGAUGCAGAGGGUGACGUAAUGAGAGGCCUACAGGUAGUAGAACAUGCUUGCAGCAUCACCAGCUUGCAGCUUGGAGAGACUAUGCCACGCAUUGCCCGGGACAUGGAUGCUUAUUCAUAUCGUUUGCCACUUGGGGUGUGCUCAGGCAUUGCUCCAUUUAAUUUCCCUGCAAUGAUACCUCUCUGGAUGUUCCCAAUUGCAGUGGUUUGUGGAAAUACAUAUGUAUUAAAGCCAUCUGAACGAGUGCCGGGAGCAACCAUGAUGUUGGUUGAAAUGUUUAAAGAAGCUGGCUGCCCUGAUGGUGUUGUAAAUGUCAUUCAUGGUCAGCAUGAAGCUGUUAAUUUCAUCUGUGACAAUCCAGAUAUUCGAGCCAUCUCCUUUGUGGGCUCAGAUAUUGCUGGUCGAUACAUUUAUGAAAGGGGAUCCAUGAAUGGAAAGAGAGUUCAGUCUAAUAUGGGAGCUAAAAACCAUGGAGUAAUUAUGCCAGAUGCUAACAAGGAAAGUACAUUAACUCAGUUGGUUGGAGCAGCUUUUGGGGCUGCUGGUCAGAGAUGUAUGGCCCUAAGUACAGCAGUAUUUGUAGGGGAGGCUGGUAAUUGGUUGCCAGAUUUGGUUGAAAAGUCAAAGAAGCUUAGAGUGAAUGCUGGCCAUGUUGCAGAUGCAGACUUGGGUCCUGUAAUUUCCCCAGCUGCUCGAGAACGUAUAUGCAGCCUGGUUCAGUCAGGCAUCAACGAGGGAGCCACCUGCUUACUGGAUGGACGUAAUAUUGUUGUGCCAGGUUAUGAAAAUGGAAAUUUUGUUGGCCCAACGAUACUUUCUGAUGUCAAGCCAAGUAUGACCUGCUAUAAGGAGGAGAUCUUUGGCCCUGUAUUGAUUACUAUGACUGUGGACACCAUGGAUGAAGCUAUUCAAAUUAUCAAUACAAACAAAUAUGGUAAUGGAACAGCCAUAUUUACAACUAAUGGAGCAACAGCAAGAAAAUUUACAAAUGACAUCGACUGUGGACAGGUUGGAAUUAAUGUUCCCAUUCCUGUUCCUCUACCAAUGUUCUCCUUCACUGGGUCACGGGGAUCAUUCCUUGGUGAUACUAAUUUCUACGGCAAAGCAGGUAUCAACUUCUACACCCAACUCAAGACUGUGACACAGAUGUGGAGAGAAGCUGAUGUUACCUCCACUCGGCCUGCUACAGCAAUGCCUGUUAUGCGCUGAGUUUCUUGCCACCACAUUUAGAGAAUACUCUGCACAUUUUUGGUAUUGUCACUUGGUGAUAGACCACUAGCAUGAGUUGUAGGUAUUUCUAUGUUUGUAAUUGUUUUGCAAUGACCAAUUCACCAGUAAAAUACAUGAGCAGUU